CACACACAUCACACACAAGGGAAGGGACAUAGUCAAAACCACCCCUCAAAAAUCUCUUGUACAAAUCCAUGAGCUACCCAUCCUUCUCCUUCCCAUCCUCAUCCUCUCCUACACACACACCCAUGAAAACUCCUCUUCUUUAACUAAAACAAAAGCUCCCAUCAAAACAAACAAGAAAAGUUACAACUCAGACUGAACUGAAGUAUGCAGAAAUAUAAGAUGAAGCUGAAACACAAGCACAAACAAGGACAUGAAACCAUGGAACCCAAACUCUGGAGCCAACUCCCUGAAGACCUCCUCUACCGCAUCCUCUCCCUCCUUCCUAUCCAAUCCCUCAUCUCACUUCGUCCUACCUGCAAACUCUUCCAUUCCCUUCUCUUCAACCCUUCCUUCCUCUCUCUCCUUUCCCCUUCUCCUUCCCCUCCUUCUCUUCUCCUCUCCCAUCCUCAGUUCUCUCCUCACCACCUUCCUCUCUUUUCCCCUUCCUCUGAUAUCUGGAGAUCUCUUUCUAUUCCACCAUCCCACCCUCAUCUACUUUCUUCUUCUUCUGGUAUUCUUCUCUUCUCCUCCUCUUUUUCUCUCCUUCUCCUUAACCCUCUCACUCUCUCUUCUCGCUUCCUUUCUUGUCCUUGUCCUCCCUCCCUUUAUUCCACUCUUGUCCUCACCUCCAAUGGCUACACCAUCAUCCUCCCUUCUCCAAACCCAAACUUGCUUUUCCUUUACAACUCCCAGUCCAUGUCUUGGUCUUCCCUUCGCUCCCCUGCCCUCCCUCACUCCCCUCAAAAACCUGCCUUUUUUGAUGGUUGCCUCUAUUUCACAACUCAUGAACCAUUCUCCAUUGCUCGCCUUUGUCUCAGCUCCAGAGACUGGCUCCCUUCCCCAAUUGACCUCCCUGGUGAUCUAGCAUUUGCCAGAAUUGUCAGCAGUGAUGGUAAAGGUCUUUUCUUGGUGGGUGGUGUGGGUCAAGAUGGGAUUUCUAGGAGCUUGAAGGUUUGGGAGAUGGUUCAGGGUGGGUGGGAGGAAGUUGGGAGGUUGCCUGAUAUGAUGAUGAGGAAGUUUGUCUCUGUUUGUUAUCACAAUUACUCUCAUGUUUAUUGUCUUUGUCAUGAGGGGAUCAUUUGUGUUUGUUGCACUACUUGGCCUGAGGUUCUCUUCUUCAAAGUGGUUCGUGGGACGUGGCACUGGCUUCCCCGGUGCCCUUCCCUGCAGGAGAAGUGGAGCUGUGGGUUCCGGUGGUUCUCUUUUGUUCCUGAUCUCUUUGCCAUGGUUUGAGCCUGCCUUCUGCUUCUUCUGCUUUUUUGGUAUGCUGUUUCUUUCCAUGUCUUGUAGAUAGAUUUCUUUCUUUCUUUCUUUCUUUCUUUCUUUCUUUCUUCCUUUCUUUGUUGUUGUAAUUUUGAUUGCAUUGGAAGUUUUCUGUGUUGUGAGUUUGGACAACAGUCUUGGUUAUGUGCAAAGUGAUUCUGUUAUAUUUGUAGA